AGCUGAACUGCGAAGAAAAUAGAACGAACGAAGGCUGCGGAACACCGAAGGAAAUACAGAACGAACAAAGAGAAAGCUGAAGCCUCAAAGCGCCGACGAAUCGACGACCGCCGCCAGCCACCGCCAGGCUCCAUCCUGCCACCACGCAGAGACACGCCGCCUCCAUCUUCCAGGACUACGACCGCACCGUCCAUCCGCAGUCCGCACGACGCCCUGCCUUACCAGUCCGGCAGUCCACUGACCACGUUAGGCCGCUACCCGCACUUGUAGACUUCGUUUUCACUUCCUUGGUCAUAUAACCUAUUUUUGCAACUAUGCUUGCGGCUAGACUCUUUGGGAGGACAUUCUUAGCUGCUGCCAAAUGCGAGUCUACUGGGGCUGCUGGUACUUCAGCUAGAAGAGCAAUACAUAACCCUCUUGAGCAGUUCUUUGAAGCUGAUAGAAGUGUGGAGGAUGAUAAACCUGUUGUGUAUGGUCGGAGCUGGAAGGCACCUGAGCUUCGUCUCAAGUCCUGGGAUGAUCUUCACAAACUAUGGUAUGUACUUCUCAAGGAGAAGAAUAUGUUGAUGACUCAACGUCAAAUGCUUUAUGCUCAAAACUUGAGAUUUCCAAAUCCAGAACGUAUCUCCAAGGUAAGAAAGUCUAUGUGCCGAAUCAAACAUGUGCUCACAGAGAGAGCAAUUGAUGAGCCAGAUCCUAGGAGGUGUAGUGAGAUGAAAAGAAUGAUAAAUGCCCUGUGAGAAGAAUGAACGAGAGAUGCUGUCAGUUGAUCCAAUGGCAGAUGGACAGGUAGUUUACAGAGUCAUAUACCCUUCUGUUUCAAGAAUUUUGUACUGCCCAGAUGAUUUAUUGGACACGUGGACUUGCUCUUUUAAACACAUUCUUUGCUUGCUCAUGUAUACGAAAAUGGAUGAUAUGUUUGAAUCAUGCAAGUUUUUUAUUUGCCUGAUGUCAUACAUCUCCUUUGGUGGGCGGAACAAAAGAGGCACAGUUUUUAGACACAUUAUUUGCUUUCCCAUGUAUUGUGAAAAUGGAUGAUUUGUUUGAAUGGUGUAAUUUUUUUAUUGAAGAAAUUGCUCAUUGGGGACUAAAAAAUACUACACAUUAU